UUGGAUCUUGAUGUGCACAUCCAUAAAUACAGAACCAAUAGUCAGUUCUCUCCAUCGAUCCAAAAACACUCUUCACUUCAAACAUCUUUCUUCCCAUGGAAGCAAAUUGUCUUUGUUCAUCGCCACUUCCUCCUCCGCCAUUUUUCUCUGGUCAAUCUCAAUGUCCAAAACUUGGAUUUGGGCACAGAAGAUCAAAGCGAUCAACUGCUAGAACUGGCAUGGUUGUUGUAGCUGCUACAAGGGACCAUUACGGAGGGCGAUCUACCGUCGACGAGAGCUUGAUUGUUCUGAGAAAACGUAUUCAUGAGAUGAAAAUGGUGGAGAGGAACUACGAGCCUCCUCAACAUUGGAUGCAUUGGGAGAAGCAAUGCUACGCAAGUUAUGAUGAGUAUAUUUGCAAUUUGGUCGGUUGUCUUCAAUCAUAUCUCAUGAACACUAGGCCUAGUUUAGCUCUCUCCAUGAUGCUUCUCGUCACCGUGAGCGUCCCAGCGUCGACGGUCAUGAUCUUGCUGCGUUUCAUGGAGGUGGCUAAUGGCGCCGUUCAUCAUCUUAGUUGAUGUGGUUAGUUUUAGGGGGUAGCUUUAUGUAAAUUUGUAAAUGUACAAUAUGAAUUCCAAUGUCAACACUUGAAUUCCAAUGUCAGAUGAGUGAUCCCUCU